AUGAUCUCUGCUAUUUAUAUAAUAUAUUUAGCAGAGAAACAAGAAUCGAACGAGUUUUCUCAAAUUGAGUUGUUAGUUAACCGGAGAUACCACCAGACACUACCGCACGAUGAAAUUAUUCUUCAAAAUUUCCAUAAUUUAAUGACGAAUUUACCAUCAUCUGAACAAGUCCCCGUGCUAUAUUAUGACAAUCUAUCCUACAUUUAUAUGCGAUGUUCAAAUGGCAUUAUAUCAUUAGCAGUUUCAAAUAGAAACAUUGAUGUUAUGCUGGCCGUUAUGUUCUUAAACCAGUUCCACUUAAUCUUAGUGCAUUAUUUAUGUAAUUCCAAAUUGAAUAUCGGUAACAAGUCAGCACCUAAAUCGCUAGAUAGAGAUACUAUCAUUGAUAAUAUUACAUUGAUUCUAGAAUUAUUAGACGAAUGUUUAGAUUAUGGAUUAUUGCAAAUAACAGAUUACAAGUUAUUAGAAGAAUAUAUCAAAGUAUUGCCCAAUAUCCCUAAAAUUGAUGGUUUGACAGAUAAGUACGAUACAUCUGAUAGUGACGACUCUAGUGAUGAAGACGAACCAAAGAAGGAGACCAAGAAAUCAAAAUCUAAAACGAAGAUUGGCAAGAAUAAGAAGGGAUCAAAGAAGGAGAUAAAAUCUACUCACAAUCAAGCAAUAAAAACAGAUGUAAUUGAAAAUGAACAAACAAAUAUGAUCAACAGCUCGAUAUUACGUACUUAUUCACUGGCAAUAAAUUGGAGACCUAAAGGUAUAUUUUAUGCAAAGAAUGAAAUUUUUAUUGAUAUCAUUGAAGAUUGCGAGUUUGUCUACGAUUUGGGAACUGGAGUUAUCAAAUGUAAUGAAAUAUAUGGUACCUGUGUCGUGAAAUCUUAUUUGUCAGGUAUGCCAGUUUGUCGACUUGGGUUUAACGAAAGGAACUUAUCACGAAUCGAAGAUGAUCAAGAAGAGGAGUCUUUGGGGAUACCUGAGAAUCAAUUGAAUUUAUUGAAAGAGGAUCAAAACGAAGACGACGAUGAAGAGGAAGGUGAAGGGGAUCAAGAGACAAAUGGCGAGGAAACUGAAAUACUAGAGCACAUACCAGAAUUCCCAGCAUCAGAAGCACUAACAGAUAAAAAACAAAAACAUAAAAUCCCUAUACGAAACAUUCAGUUUCAUCAGUGUAUUGAAUUGUCGAAAAUUUAUAAAGAAAAUAUCGUUACAUUUAUCCCACCAGAUGACAAGUUUGUGUUGAUGACGUAUAAUGUUGAGCAACAAAAGCAAAAGAAAAAGGCUCCACUAAUAAUGAUCAAGCCACAAUUCCGAGCCAUUAAGGAAACCGGGAAAUUGCAAAUUAUGUGCACUAUAAACACGAAUUUCCACAGAAGAAGACACUGUAAAAACUUGAUUAUUCGAAUUCCAAUAAACCCCCAUUAUUUUGAUUUGGAUGCAAAUGAUAAUGACUUAAAGUAUAAGGCAGAAUUAGGGGAAGUCUCGUUCAAAAUUGAUUCAUUUGAGUUGAUUUGGAAAAUUGACAGUAUUGAUGGGAAAAAAAUGGUGAGAAUGAUGACUGAACUAGCUUUAGUAAAUACAGAGGAAGUCAGUGAACAACGGAUACUGGAUUACCUAUCACGCAGAGCUACUGCAUCAUCUGUGGUAGGAACUGAUGAACAAAAUUCAACAGACACAGCCGAAGAUACCAGAGAGGAGUUGGACAAAUUUUAUGGAGUAAAUGGCAAGACCACCUCACUGACACAAAAAAUGUCUUUAAAAUUUAAAAGCAGUGUUUUCAAUGAUGAUAUCAAAGUACAUUUCAAAUUGCCAAUGGUGACAUAUUCGGGAUUGAAAUUGAGCUAUCUCAGUGUGGAAGAAGAACAAAUGAAGUAUCCUUGUUUCCCAUGGGUAAGAUACUUAACAAAAUCAAUAGAUCACUAUGAGCCAAGUAUUGCCCUUGAGAAUCAAAAGUUCAGUGGUAGAUGUUGUGAUUAUAGAUUCAAACUAAGUCUGAAUUGCUUUGUAGUAGCAUAG